GCAAACGAGGAGGAUAUGCGCCAAACUGAUGCGAGAAUGGGGGGGUAAUUGAAGGCAGUGAAGUGAGGGAUCACGAUCCUAAUGUGGAAUCUCGACUUGGACUCUUGAGCCAUGGAGGUGCGAGUGAAAUUUGCAUCAAGCGCAAGAUCUGGGAAGCUGUUUUUGCGCAUGUGGAGGGGAAAUAUCCCGCUAUAAAGUGCGAUCCCUAUAUGUGGAUUGAUUUUCCUGCUCUCUCUUCAGCAUUCCCUCAGUCAGUCGACGGAUUUUUGCCAUAACAGCUCAGUAGAGGGUGUCAGAUUAUUCUUAGAGCACUGUCUGCGCGUUCCUCCUUUUGUGAUCACCCCCCCUCUGCUCAGAAAACGUUCGAAAAUCGACGAGGCAAUGUGGCUGUGAAAGAGGGGGAUGCGGGUGAAGCUCCAGCGCAGGGGUGUGAAUUCAGCACCAGGGGGAAGGGGACAGCUCCCGACGCAGCAGCACGUCUGGAGGGAGGAAGAAAAUGCGCGGAUUUGCUCCAUUUUUUUGCCACCAAGGUCAGUCUUUGACGAUUUGAAACGAGCCUAAAAGAUGUGUCGGACUCUCCUGCCAGUCGCUGCUUUUGAUUUUGAUCAUAAACACGCGCAGGAGAGGCUCCAGCCGAUGUGAAAGAGACGUUUAUGUGCUCGGACACAAGCGCAGGUUAGAUGCAGCUGCUCCAUCCUCUCUCUGAAUCCGUUUUUUCCUCGCAUUGAUGUAGACUGAAUUCUCUGCUCGUAUGUCUUGAAACCCGGGGAUGAAUUAUUCACGUUAAAAAAAUGCUGCUUUGGAUUGUCCUGCUGAAUGCGGCUCUUUGUGUUGCCAGUGGAAAUGUUACAAGGGACGUUUGUAAGGAGCAGAUAUGCUCUUGCAACGAGAUCGAGGGAGAUCUGCACAUAGACUGCGAAAAAAGGAGCUUCACCACUCUGCAGCAUUUGACUGGCCCCAGCUCGCAGUUUUAUCACCUGCUCCUGCACGGGAAUUCUCUAUCCAGGCUUUUCCCCAACGAGUUCGCCAACUUUUACAACGCUGUGAGCUUGCAUUUGGAAAACAAUGGUUUGCACGACAUCGUCCCCGGCGCCUUUCUGGGGCUGCAGCUGGUGAAAAGGCUGCACAUCAAUAACAAUAAGAUCCGAUCAUUCAGGAAGAGUACGUUUCUGGGGUUAGACGACCUGGAAUAUCUCCAGGCUGAUUUUAAUCUACUGAGGGAUAUUGACCCCGCUGUUUUCAGGGACCUAAAUAAACUUGAAGUGUUAAUACUUAACGACAACCUCAUCAGCGCGCUACCUAUAAACGUGUUUCAACAUGUGCCCAUUACGCAUCUCGACCUGCGGGGGAACCGAAUCAAAACGUUGCCUUAUGAAGGGAUCCUGGAGCAGAUACCUGGCAUUGCAGAGGUUUUGUUGGAGGACAACCCCUGGGACUGUAACUGCGACCUGGUUUCUCUUAAGGAAUGGCUGGAGAACAUACCGCAUAACGCGCUUAUUGGGAGGGUGAUAUGCGAGGCGCCAACCAGGCUCCAAGGGAGCGACUUAAACGAGACGUCAGAAGCGGAUCUGUGCCCCUCUCUGAGCGGCGGUGUGGACACCAGCUUAGUCGCCCCUCCCACCCAGGAGGAGACCUCUGCACCCGCGGCCCCGCGCCCCACGCCUUACAAGCCCAAUGGAGACGUCCCCACGCCUGGCGCGAAAAGCCGCUCCAAAUCUCGUGAGAACUGGCAGCUGAAAACUCCAGUGGUGACAGGUGUGAACGGGGACAGGGAGCAGCUGCACAACAUGACGUGCCCCCAGCCGUGCAACUGCAAGCUGGUCGGCUCCAGACAAGGGCUGGGGGUCAACUGCGAGGGCAAAAAGAUCGAGAACUUAUCCAACCUCAAACCCAAGCCCUUGGCUGCGCACGAGCUGAACAUGAGAGACAACAACAUCCACGCGGUGAAGAAGAACCAGCUGCUCGGCUACUCCAGCCUUAACCUGCUCGACCUGGGCGGGAACAACAUCAAGGUGAUUGACAACAGCACCUUCCAGAACCAGAGCGAGCUCAGAUGGCUGUACAUGGAUAAGAACUACCUGGAUACGCUGAUGGCAGAGAUGUUCGUGGGCCUCGUGAAUCUGGAAUAUCUCAGUUUGGAAUAUAACGACAUCCAGCUGAUCGUGGCAGGUGCGUUCAGCCCCAUGCCAAACCUGAGGGUGCUGUUCCUCAACAACAACCUGCUCAAAUCUUUGCCAGUGGAUGCUUUUCUGGGGAUUUCUUUAUCCAAAAUCAGCCUGCAUAAUAAUUAUUUCACCUAUCUCCCUGUGGCUGGCGUGUUAGACCAGCUCAACUCAAUCAUCCAGAUCGAUCUGCACGGGAACCCGUGGGAUUGCUCGUGCAACAUCGUGCCCUUCAAGCAGUGGACGGAGAAACUCGGGGCCGACGUGAUCGUGAGCGAUCUCAAGUGCGAGUCCCCAGAAGAGUUCUGGAAACGAGAUUUCCGCUACGUCCGGAACGACUUAAUGUGCCCCAAACUCUACGAUAGGAUCUCCCCCACCCCCCUGUCCAAAAACAGCACUUUCACCCUGGACUCGGGGACGCGCUCGAACUCCUAUCUGGAGCCCAAUCGAGUCUCCAUCUCGGUGCUCGUCCCCGGGCUGCUGCUGGUGUUCGUCACGUCUGCGUUCACGGUCGUGGGGAUGCUCGUGUUUAUCUUAAGGAAUCGAAAGCGGUCAAAGCGGAGGGAUGGGAACUCCUCCGCGUCGGAGAUCAAUUCCUUACAGACAGUGUGUGACUCGUCUUAUUGGCACAGCGGGCCUUAUAACGCGGACGGGGGCGCGCACAGGGGCUUCGACUGCAGCACGCACCUCUCCACGACUAACGAUGCGUAAAAGGGACUGGAUUACAAACAGAAACAGACAAAUAACUGACUCGAACCGAGAAGUCAGUGUGCUGCUUUUACGCACAGGCCCCACUCUGUAAUAUAUGUAUAUGCCGAGCCCCCCCCCCUGGAUAAAAACCCCUCCCUUCCCUCAUGCUAUUUGCCGCAAUCGGACUACGGAUCUGUGCGUAACGGAAAAAGAGGGAGAAAACCGGAGCAGGGCGUGCGUAAAAGAGAGCGAGAACCAUGGGAAUGGUGCACGAACGCAUGAAUGUAACAUGUAAAUACUCGGACCGAUGUAUCAUAAUCUGCAUGAUGAUAUUUCGCAUGGUUUCAACACAGACACGACGGAACCAUAACCACCAUAACCAAGAAAGAAGCCCUCUCCAUGUUAUAUCAAUAUGACCAUAUAUAGAUAUUAAGAAUUAUAUAUGACUAUUACAAAGUGCCAUUUCUCUAUUUUUUGUGAACCUGCAGUUAGGAUUUGUAUUUGUUGUUUUAAACUUGUUUGGAGAAAAGAGAAAAAAAUCAAAUCGAACAGGAAGUGAUGGAAAGUGAAGCUGUCAGUGCAUGUUCUUUUUUCUGUUUGUUAUCAUUUGAUUGUCGAUAAAUAUUGGGGUUAUUUAUACCGUACUAGAUGGCGCAGAUGAAACCCACGCCUGCGCACUCAUCAUCCUCCUUUAUGAAUGUACAACUGUGUUAUUUUAUGGUGUGCCAAUUGUUGACUUUCAGAUAUUCAGACAUGCAGAUGAGCAUGACCAAUUAACGUCACUCAGAUGCUUAUGCUGCAAAGUUAAUGUAGCUAAAACAGUUCCGUGGUUUUGUGUGUCAAUGAAUAUAGCCUGCUUUGGGUGAGAGGAAGAAAAAAAAAAACAAGUCAGGGGGGUUUAUACCAUCAUAUUUUUUCAAACAACUGAGCAAAGUUUUCAAUCGUAGGUUUAAUUGGAUCUAUGUGAGCAGUGCAGGUAGGCUGAUCUAGACUAGAAUGCUUUUUUAUGUCAGAAAAAAGAAGUAUUCCUCCACAAAAAAAGCUUCUGGCUAUGAUUCACUUUCAUCAUAUUGUGAGCUUUUGUAAAGCCAUCUAA